CACUUCUCGAUGCUCUUGAUUUGCGCUCCGUCAUCACACCGGCCAACAUCCUGAUUACUGUGUUCGAUCGAUCCCCAUAGACCGUGAUACAAUCUUUGCCGUCCGUACCCGUACAGCAUCUCUUGACACGGGUUUCACCCAAUCCCCAUUGUCACCUGUUGUGUUGGUUUGUGCAGAAUCACCGGAGCUUUCGGCUUCCACCACACGAGCACAUUACGAGUACAACUCACAUCUACACAUUCUCAACGUCAGACCGAAUACCUCUCUCCACAAGUCUGUGCGGAUACUUCCAGGAACAUAUCUUGAGACGAGCAUCCCCCAAGCUUCAAUCUCUCACUCUCUCAACCACACACUUCCGACUCAGCAGCUAGCCUUACGCUAUUUGGAAAUACAUCGGUUCAAAUCAACCUCUCUUCACCAUGUUCGACUCUCACAACCAGAAUCCCUUAUCUUCCAAAUGUGAACACGGCCUGCGAAAAGCAUACCAGAAGGCAAAGGCUUCCAAGUCUUCCAAGCCUUCCACAUCAGCGAAAUCCACUCCUGCUUCCUCAGCCUCUUCUUCCCGGACAUGUUCGGCAGCCUCACUGGCACCAACUGAGCCUGUUGCCGAAUGGGCGCACCAAGUUCAUUUGAUGCAGAAUCGAAGAUACGACUGGUGUCAAGGUUGUCACCCCAAGGUGUCCACCGCACAGAUUCCAUCGCAGAAGAUCCUGCAGAAACACUUUCAAAAUCACGAACCUUAUCACGCGUACCAAUGAAGUUCGAAUCUAUUGUGGCAUUUUGUUGAAUUUAGCAUGGAGUUGGUGAAUGUCGAGAAAGAAUCAUAUCUUGCAUUGGCUUUGGGAUGAUGUUGAUGAAUCACGAAUGUUGUACAUAAUGACAGCGGCUACCGUCAUCGCUUCGACUAUGACUAUAAUUCAAAGAAACUUGACUCAUGACAAAGGCAGUCGUCAAUGACCGUUUACUGCCGCAGUCCUGGCCUCUUUGAGCUUUUGGAUUUGCUCUCUGAACAUGCCCUCGUAGUCUUCUUGUCUGAAUACCUUGGCUUCGUCAGUACACAUUCAACUUCCAAGGAACACGCUUCAUACCCUUGUAGCCUCAAGUGCACUUGGCUCACCCAGUUCUGGAUCGGCACCGGCCUUCAACAGGAGCUUGAUGAUCUCGGCUUCAUUCUUG